AUGAUGAUGUUUCCGAGGACCGGGUCUACAGCAGGACCGGGUCUACAGCGGCCUCGGAGAGAGCCCAGGACCGGGUCUACAGCGGCCUCGGAGAGAGCCCAGGACCUAGUCUACAGCGGCCUCGGAGAGAGCCCAGGACCGGGUCUACAGCGGCCUCGGAGAGAGCCCAGGACCGAGUCUACAGCGGCCUCGGAGAGAGCCCAGGACCGGGUCUACAGCGGCCUCGAAGAGAGUCCAGGACCGGGUCUACAGCGGCCUCGGAGAGAGCCCAGGACCGGGUCUACAGCGGCCUCGGAGAGAGUCCAGGACCGGGUCUACAGCGGCCUCGGAGAGAGUCCAGGACCGGGUCUACAGCGGCCUCGGAGAGAGUCCAGGACCGGGUCUACAGCGGCCUCGGAGAGAGCCCAGGACCGAGUCUACAGCGGUUCCCCAGAGGUUUGA